AUGAUUGGAAGAGUUACGAGAAUUAUUGGAAGGUUUAAAGAUCAACUUAUUAAAACUCAAAGUAAUAAGUUUCCAAAGAGUCUACGAGUACUGGAUCUGCAGAGAGUGAGCUUACUGUAUCUCUGGAAACCGAUGUCCUCUUCAUUGCCGGAAAACCGUGUUGUACCUGAAGCAUCAUCAUUUCGCUCUUGGAUUUCAAUCAUCUUUGAUUACAUUUGGCAUCAAGCAAGCAUAUUCCAACUUACUAACAUGCCGAGAAACCGAAGGCGUCAUCGCUCUCGUACCCACUCGAGGUCUCGUUCUCAAUCAGCUGGAUCUCAGCAAUACGAGCACAAACGUAGGCGGAUUGAUUAUGAGAGUCCACAGAGCAAGGGUACCUACAGUGGUGAACGUGUGCUAAGAUCACGUCAACAUGAACGAGGUACUAGCCAAGAAAGACGAUACAAACGUAGCCACAGGAGAUCACCAAGCAGUGGUCGCCAUCACUUGGAGUACGACAAUGUCAAGGAAGAAGUACUGGCACCAGUACCGUCCCCACAUGUCCACAAACAACGUGAACGUGAAUGCCGUGACCGUGAGAGGGUACACACGACUCGCCCCUCAUCCAGGGAAGCUAGACGUAUUCGGUGGGCGCGUCGUCGCCGUGCCCCAUCCUCAGAGAGUCAGGAGUCCUCCAGACACCGUCACAAGUCGCCUUCACGCAGCCAGCAUCGCACAGGCAUACCGACUUCGGCAGCGCCUAUUUUCUGGGACAGUUGGAUCGAAAAAGUGUAUGCCAAUCCGGAUUUAGAGAUUGCUAAUGAGAACUCGUCUACCAACAGACGUAAUCGUUAUACACGUUCAUCGACAAGUGUAACACAAUUAUUGAGUGAUUCUUGUUCAAGUUUAAUUCAACGGUUGACUACACGAGUUCGUGUACCAUCUGUACAUCAUGAUAAAGCUUCAAGACAUUCACCUGUAAACCGUGACCUUGCUGUUCAUCCAAAUCUAAAUCAUCAUAACAACAUUACUUCUAUUUCUGUUACUAAUAAUAAGAACAUCAAUAAUAAUAAUAGCCACAAUAAUAAUAAUAAUAAUAAUAAUAAUAAUAAUAAUAAUAAUAAUAACGGUAGUAACAACACAAGAUCACGUUUAGAGGAUAAAUAUUCAUCGAUCCUCGAUCGCUAUACCAAAAGACGCAAUGAUGAUGAAAUAAAUUAUAACCGUCGAGUUGUACAUCAUCGUGAUAGUCCAUUUUUACGUGAUGAUAAAACUUUAGAACCAGAAGUACCACGUACCAUUGCUAAAAGUGCUACUACGUCUAGUGUUUUGCUCAGCGAAAAAGCUUAUCCGUAUGUGAGCUCACUCAAGCAUGAUAAGACUCCUGGUAUCCGAGAUAAGGAAAGAGACAGAGACAAAGAAAGGGACAGAAACAGAGACACAAUGGCUGAUUACCGGCAUUAUGGUAGACAUAAAUCAGGACACGCUGAAUCCAGGAGCAGAAAAAUUCGUCCCAGCCGCAAUGGCAAAACAUAUGACGAAGCUUACGCGCAAACUAAAAUCGACAACGCUAAGAAAGCAAAACCGAGUGCCGCUGAAAUAAUAGCGAGUAAAUACCAGAAGAAUCACUCGGAUUCAGGAAAAAAAAAUCACUCUGACUCGGGAAUAAAAAGUGUUUUAGAUACUGAAGAUGCUGAUGCGAUUAUAAAGUACUGGCCACCCUUGGAGAGGGUACUUUUGGAAAAGUUGUCAAGGGAUCACGUAAUGGCAUUAAAAAUUAUAAAAAAUGUUGAAAAAUACCGCGAAGCAGCUAAACUUGAAAUAAAUGCUCUUGAAAAAAUAGCUGCCAAAGAUCCUGAUGGUCAUCAUCUUUGCGUAAAAAUGUUGGAUUGGUUCAACUACCAUGGACAUAUGUGUAUCGCAUUUGAAAUGCUUGGGCUUAGUAGAGACAAUAAUUAUCAGCCGUAUCCAUUAGAUCAUGUCCGACACAUGGGUUACCAGCUCUGUUAUGCAGUUAAAUUUCUUCAUGACAAUAAACUAACUCAUACUGAUUUAAAGCCCGAAAAUAUACUCUUCGUAGAUUCUGAAUAUGAAGUUACAUACAACAAUAAAAAGCGGAGAGACGUACGUCGUGUGAAGAGGACAGAUAUAAGGUUGAUAGAUUUUGGCAGUGCGACCUUCGAUCACGAGCAUCACAGUACGAUCGUCAGCACGAGACAUUACCGAGCGCCUGAAGUUAUUCUCGAACUCGGAUGGUCACAACCGUGCGAUGUAUGGUCCAUUGGAUGCAUAUUAUUUGAAUUAUAUUUGGGUAUAACUCUAUUUCAAACACAUGACAAUCGUGAACAUCUCGCUAUGAUGGAACGUAUAUUGGGUACGAUACCUCAUCGUAUGGCUAGGAAAACUAAAACUAAAUACUUUUACCACGGAAAGUUGGAGUGGGAUGAUAAAAGUUCUGCUGGUAGAUACGUCAGGGAUAAUUGUAAACCAUUACACCGUUAUAUGUUAUCAGACGAAGGAGAUCACCGACAAUUGUUUAAUUUAAUUCAACACAUGUUGGAUUACGAACCAACAGAGCGUAUUACACUUGAAGAUGCAUUAACGCAUCCGUUUUUCGAUGCGUUGCCGGCUUCGCAGAGAAUCUCGGAUGCGAGAGCCGGCGGUGAUGCUCAAACUACUCCUCAUGAACGAUCACAUUCGCUUUCACGAUGA